AAAUAUUGUUCGAUCAACAAGAUUUUGUCACCAUAUUUAUUCUAUUUAUCCAUCAAUGAAAUGAUUUGAUUCUGGAUAAAUUAUUUAUUUUUUUAAAAAAUUGAAAUUACUUCAAUCUUCGAUUAAAAGAUGGCAGCAUCGUUUUUCGAUUCAAAUAUCGAUUAUUCACAAUUGGAUACGAAUGGCAACAAUUUAAAAUCAUUAUCAAUUGAUGAUGAAAAAAAUAUCAUUAAUCAUCAAUCAUCACCAACAUCUACAUCAACAUUGAUGAUGAUGAAUGGUGGAUCAUCGAAAAUUAUUUCCACCGUUGAUCAUUCUAUUUCAUCGAAUGAUUUAAACUUUUCUGGUUCGAAUUCUUUAUCACAUCAUCAUCAAAUGUUCAAUUCUAAUCAUCAUCCCAAGCCCAAUAAUGAUUCAUUUCAUUCUUUAUCUUCUAUAAAUCACAAAUUUUCACAAAUUUCUCUCAACAACGAUAGUUACGAUUUGAAUGGUAAUCGUCGUUCACCUACUUCGAAUCAAUCAUCUUUUUAUUCAGUUCAAAAAUCAAAUAAUGAAGAUAAUCAUUUCUUUUUCGAUUCAACAUUAGACAAUAAUAAUCAUGUUCACCAUAUUAACAAUAGUAAUAAUGGUUUGACUAUUGAAUUUAUUCAACAAUCACUUCGAUCAAGAUUAGCCACAAUUAAACGAUUGCAACAAGAAAUUCAAAAUAAUUAUGAUGAUUCUUUUAGUAAUUAUCGUUCAUUUAUUAUUCAAUGCCGUUUACAAUUGGACACUAUAUUGCAGAAUAUUGAUAGUGAAUUGAAUCAUUAUUUCAAAAAUAAAAUGAUUGAUUUGAAUAUUCAAAAAGCCAAAAUCGAAGAUAUUGUGAAUAAAUUGGAUGAACAAUUAAAUUUAUUGAAUGUUCAAGAAGCUAGUACAAACAAAUUAAGUGAUAUUAAUUGUGAAGAUAUUCUUGAUGCAGAUUUUCUUCAUAAUGUAAAAAAUUUACUCGAAUCAACAAUCGAUUCUGGAUCGAUUGAUUCGAUUCGAAUACCAAACAUCGAUGUGCAAACAAUUGAUCGAUUUAUACGUGCGUUAAUAUUUCCAAUAAACAAACAACAUCAACAACAAUCGAUUCCUUUUAAUAAUACAGAUUCAUUUUUAUCAACUGCUGAUAGCCAUUUUGAUACCCUACCAUUAUCUCAGGAUAAUUUUGCCAAAUUUUCUGAUCAUCAACAAUCCGAACAACAAUCCAUCAUGUUAGCAUGGUCAUCACAACACCCAACAAAUGCUAAUAAUCACUCAUACACCCAACAACAUAUUUCCACAAAACAUACUUCUUUGGUUCCUUCACUUCACCAACCAACAUCAAAUUUUCAACCCUUGAUACAAUCAUCUUUAGAUUUUCAACAACAACAACGUACCGAGGUGAAUCCAUCAUUUAUUGAUACAAAAAAUCAAUUAUUUCUUGGCAACAUUAAUGGUGAAUUUUCAACAUUGACGUCAUACAUAAAUGAACAUCAACAGCAACAACAAUCAUUUAACGGAUCUAUACAUCCGUCAUUAAUACAUCAAUCUACCAAUGAUUUAAACAUUUUGAAUCAAAAACAAGCAAUCACUAAAUCACUUCAGCCGCGUAUACGCCGUGAACGUAUUAGCUAUUAUCUGAAAUUCGGUGAACAAGGAACACAGGAAGGACAGUUUGCUGAACCAUCUGGUGUAGCCGUCAAUUUGGCUAAUGAUGAAAUCUACAUUGCUGAUGCUAACAAUCACCGAGUUCAAGUGUUUGAUAAAUGGGGGAAAUUUAAAUUCCAUUUUGGUGAUGGAAAACUUAAAUUUCCUAACAGGGUUGCCUUAUCUCGUAAUACAGGCGAAAUUGUGGUAUCUGAAAGGCCACCAGUUCAUCAGAUACAAGUGUAUAGCAAGAAUGGUAUUUUUCAAUGUAAAUUCGGUUCUAAACAUCUGCGCCAUCCUCGUGGAUUGGCCGUUGAUCAUCAGAAUCGUGUCGUCGUUGUUGAAUGCAAAGUGAUGCGUGUAUUUGCCUUCAGUCUUCAAGGUGUUCUAUUACAUUCGUUUGAUUGUUCAGAACGAAUUCAAUUUCCGAAUGCUGUAGCUGUUUCACGAUCAGAUGAAAUUUUCAUUUCAGAUAAUCGAAAUCAUUGUGUAAAAGUAUUUAAUUUUAAUGGCGAUUUUUUACGACAAAUUGGCGGUCAAGGUAUCACCAAUUAUCCGAUCGGUGUCUGUCUUAAUGAAUCCUUGGAUCAAUUGUUAGUUGUCGAUAAUUAUAACAAUCUCAAUGUUACCUUAUUUCGUUUGGAUGGACAAUUGAUUGGUGCUUAUGAAUCAUCAGCAAAACAUCAACAAUGUUUAGAUGUUGCAUUAUUUGGCGAUCAUUCGAUUGUUGUGACAAGUAAAGAUCUUCAUGUUUAUUUCUAUCGUCUCAAAGAUUAUAUUCAACAACAAUCCAACAGUAAUCAGAAACGAUCAUUAACAACAUUUGAUAAUAAUCUACAUGGAUCAUUGAUUGUUGGCGGUACUCAAAGACGUAUUUUAGGAUCGAAUAUUCCAUCAUCAUCUCCAUCUUCAACGGCAAUAACAUCCGUAACACAUAAUAAGAAUGGUUUAAAUAAUAAUGUUCAAAAAUCACAUCAUCAUCAUUGAAUGAUACUUAUUACAUUCAGCAGUGACAACGUCAAUGUAUCAGUAUCAACAUUCAUCAUUGUUUUUCAAUUGAAAACUAACAUAA